AUGGGACCAAAAAAGAAUGUCAAAAUGGACUUGGGUUCAUUUUUAGCCGACGAUGCUUAUGGAGGAACUUCAUGGGCUGACGAGGAAGUCGAUUUGAACUCUAUUGGAUUGUCUUUGGAUAAAUCCACCACUGAGGCUCCAAUCGGAGGCAGACCGGCAUUUUCUGGUCUUGGUGGCGGUGAAAGCGGCGGUUUCCAAGAACAAAGAAGAGAGAGAAAGGAGUAUCCAAUUCCUGAUAAGCCACCAUAUGUUGCUCGUGUGUCUAACUUGCCAUGGGAAGUUACUGAAGAAGUAAUUGUGAGACAUUUUGAGGAUAGAAUGCAAGCACAAGAUAUCAUUACUGAUGUUAAGUUACCUGUUGAUAGAGACAAUGGAAGAUUAAAAGGUUAUGCUUUUAUUACAUUCACCGAAAGAGGUAUUCUUGAAGAGUCCUUGCAGUUAACUUUGAGUGAGUUUCAAGGAAGGAAAAUUUUUGUCAAUGUGGCUGCCCCACCAAGAGCUGAUGAAGGUGAUUGGAGAUCAGGCAGGUCUGGUCCAUUGGGAGGUGGAAGAGAGCCUGAAGUUGAAUUAGAUUGGGGUUCAGCAAGAAGGGCACAAGCUGAUUUGCCAAGGAGGGAGAGAUCAAACAGAGGUCCAAGGGAAGAUAGACCAUCUGGUCCAGAUUUGGACUGGGGUGCUGCUAGAUCAGAGUCUAGUGGUUUGCCACCAAGAGAAAGGUCACAUAGAGGUCCAAGAGAACACAAGCCAAGAGAUGAACCUGAUUUGGACUGGGGAGCUGCCAGAACGGAAGCAGGCAAAUUACCACCAAGAGAAAGGUCUCACAGAGCUCCAAGAGAACAUACACCAAGAGACGAACCAGAAUUGGAUUGGGGAGCUGCCAGAAGCACUCAUGCUGAGUUGCCUCCAAGACAAAAGUCAUCAAGAACAUCAAGCCACGGUGAAGGACAAGAACAUGGAAGUUUUAACCGUACGCCAAGAAGACAAGAACCAGAUUUGGAUUGGGGAGCCGCCAGAUCAACUGCUGGUACAUUGCCUCCAAGGGAAAGGUCACAUAGAUCAGGAUCCAAUAGAAAGACAUCAGAAUCCGAUUUUGAUUGGAAGAGAGGACAACCAUUGCAACAGCGUACCAAAUCAACAUCACAUGGAAAUAAGAACAAAGACGACAAGAAAGAAGAAGAUAAGCCUCAAGGACCUCAAAAAUCUCAAUUCAGUGUAUUAUCUGUAGAUGAUGGAGAUGACGAUGAUAACGAAGAAGAACAACAACAACCUGAAGCUAAGCAAGAAAGUGGAUCGGACGAUGUUAGCAAGUUGGCAAGUGCGACCGCUAACUUGUCAGUGUCUGAAAAGAACAGUAGCAAUGAAGAUUGGGAAGUAGUUGGUAAAAAGUAA